AGACAUCAUAGAGACUUUAAUUUUUUUUUCUUUAGACAUCUUUCUUGGUCUGUGUUCCGUUCCGUCAGCUGUGGGCGAUAUUUUGUUUGUUUUUAAUUUAUUACUUGCCUAAUAUUAUUGUGAUCGUAACCGAUUGAUACAAAAGCUAUUAUGUCUCUAUAUACUGUACCAAAAGACCUAAGAGGGUUGAGGGCUUGUCUGGUUUGCUCUUUGAUAAAAACAUUUGAACAAUUUGAAUAUGAUGGAUGCGACAACUGUGAUGAAUUCUUACGUAUGAAAAAUAAUAAGGACAAUGUCUAUGACUGUACAAGUAACAAUUUUGAUGGAAUGAUAGCAGUUAUGAGCCCCGAAGACAGUUGGGUUUGUAAAUGGCAGAGAAUCAGUAGAUUUUGCAAGGGAGUAUAUGCUAUAUCAGUAUCAGGUAGACUGCCAGCUGGGGUUAUAAGAGAAAUGAAAAGCCGUGGAUUGGUAUAUCGGCCAAGAGAUACAAGCCAACGAUAA